AAAGUAUUAAUAAGUCUGAAUUGUUUAGUUUAGUUCAAAAUGAUAUUCAACCUCAGCCGCAAGAAACUCCUCAUCGUUUCCUGCCUCGCCGCCAUCGUUACCAUCGCCCUAGUUCUGGGCCUCGUCCUCGGCCUCUGCUCGGAUGACCCUGCUCCUCCAAGAUCCUCCAAGACCCUAUCCGGCGGUGCCGUAACCUCCAACGGCCCAGAAUGCGCCCCGAUCGGGGCGCGCAUCCUCCGCGCAAACGGUUCCGCCGUGGACGCAGCCAUAGCCGUCAUGCUGUGCGAGGAGGUCACCUGCCCGCAGAGUACGGGACUGGGUGGGGGCUUCCUGGCGACGGUUUACAGCCGGGAAAGCGGGACGAUGAUUUCGUUGGACGCACGGGAGACGGCGCCGUUGGCCGCCACCGAGGACAUGUUCGUGGGAAACGGGGAGGCGGCGGUUGAGGGUGGGUUGGCGAUCGCGACUCCGGGAGUGCUGGCGGGGUUUUGGGAGCUGCAUCAACGGUUUGGGAACUUGCCGUGGAGGGAGCUGUUCGAGCCGACCAUUGAACUCUGUAGGAGUGGGGUGCGGGUGAAUUCGUUUUUGGUGGAGGCGCUGGAGCAGGAACGGGUACGGUUGACGACGAUUCCGUCGUUGAGGGAGGUGUUUGUGAACCCGGAAACGGGCGAUGUGUGGAAGGAGGGGGAUGUUAUGAAGCGGGAAGUGCUGGCGGAUGCGCUGGAGGUGAUGGCGGAGGAAGGAGCGGAUGCGCUGCACGGAGAGAAGGGGAGUCUGCUGCCGAAGCUGUUGGAGGACUUGAAGGGCUUUGGGAGUAUUUUGACGCGGGAAGACUUCUUGACGUAUCGACCUCGUUGGCUCCCGUCAGCUACCACAACGAUCCGUCAAAACUACAGCGUCUACAGCAUGCCUCUACCGGGUAGCGGAACCAUCGCGAUCUACAUGCUCAACCUGCUUGAUACCUUCGACAACCUCCACCCGGACGACCCAGAAACCUGGCACUACGUAGCGGAGAGCUUCAAGCAUGGUUACGGAGCUCGCACCAAGACAGCCGACCCGGACUACGUCCCGCAACUCAACGAGUUCGCCGCGAAUCUCACCAGCAAGGCGUACGCCGAAGGCGUUCGCGAGAGGAUCACCGCCGAUCGUACCUUCCACGACUUUGCGCACUACGGUGCCGAGUUCGUCCAACCAGACGAUCACGGCACCGCUCACGUGUCCGUGCUGGCCCCGAACGGCGACGCCGUGGCGUUGACCGCUACCGUGAACACCUACUUCGGCUGCAAGCGCCGCUCCCCGUCCACCGGAAUGAUCCUGAACAACAUCAUGGACGACUUCGCCACCCCGGGCGUGAUCAACUCGUUCGGAGUUCCCGCUUCCCCGGUGAACUUUGUCGCGCCCGGAAAGCGCCCACUCUCCUCGAUGACCCCGACGAUCGUGACGGACGCCAACGGGGACGUCCGGCUGGUGCUGGGAGCUGCCGGUGGGACCCGGAUCACCACCUCAACGGUGCUGCUAAUUCUACGGGCGAUCUUCUUCGGCCAGGAUCUGGACACGGCGAUGAACGCGCCCCGGUUGCACCAUCAGCUGGCGCCGGAGACGCUCGAUGUGGAGCGGGCGUUUGCGGAUGAGGUGGUGCAGGGGUUGACGGAGCGGGGUCACCAGGUUCGUUUGGUGUCUGGGAUUGGGACGGCUACGGCUAUUGCGAGGGAGCGGGACGAUAGCAUCACGGCGGCGUUUGAUCCCAAGCGGGGUGGAAGUUGGGAAAUUAUACCGUAGG